UCAGCAGGGGUCGAGAGGCGGCCAGGGUCCCAGGAGAGGACGGCCGCGGGGCAGGCACAGCUCGUAGAGUCGCCUGGCGGCCACGCUUAGACCUCCGAGUGUCCAGUGAUGGCAGACCAGUGCCUGGUACCACACUAUGAGGCUUGCCAGACCCUGGGUGAAGACAAGUGCCCAACAGUCCAAGUCUCAGAGCCAGAGCUCCAGGAGGAACGACUCAAGCUGAAGGAAGAGAGGCUCAAGCCAGAGGUGGAGUCACUAGAGGAGAGAGGCCCUCCCAGGCCUAUGGCCUCCAUUGUGAGGCCCAGUCCUGGUCCGAAGAGGAAGCCAGUCAAGGGUCUCAGCCUCCCAGGGCCUAGCCACCAAGUCCAUCCCAAAGCUGAAGCUGAGAUGCCACAGGGGCUGCCACCGCAGAGGGAGGAGCCAGAGGGUAGCCAGACUGAGCCCUCACCAUCUGCCAAACAGCACAAAAAAGCCAAGAAGCGCAAGAGUCUGGGAGCUCCAGUGCUCCCAGCUGUGGCCAGCACAGUGUCUGCACCUCCAGAGACCUUGGCGCUGGAGCGAAAGGCCCAGCGCCUGCGGCCCCUGUACCAGUACAUCAACUAUUGUAAUCCUGAGCUGAAUCAGGCAGGGGAGGGGGACAGGGAGGCUGAGGUGGACGUGGAGCCUGAGUUGGAGUUGGCCCUGGUCCCCGAGGAGGCAGGUGUGGAGCAACUGAAGGCUUUGCUGCCCGUGACAGGUGAGCUGGGGUCAGGCCUCACUCUGCCCUGCCCCAAUACAUUCGUGUCCCCCACCCAUGCACUGGCUCCCCUGGGAGAGGAGGUUGGAGAAGAGCCAGGGUGUUUGCCCAAGUUGGGGGUCAGUGGCCGCCUCAAGGCUGAGGUGGAUAAGUCAACCCAGGUGGACAUCGAUAAGAUGCUGAGUGUUUGUGCCGCCCCACUUGUACCUCCACUCUCUCCUCAGUACAAGUGA